AUGCUCUCGACAGCAGCCGUGCAGGCCUCAUCUUUGAGCGACAUCUGCUCCAGCGGCUACAUCAAAUCAGCUCUUUCCGCCAUCGACGUCCUAUCCGGCAUUACCAUAGACUCGUCGUCGAUUCAGACCAGCCUAGUCUCCAAUGCCAGCUUCCAGUCCGAGUGGUACCCCUCUGCCAGCGCCAGCUACUGCAACUUAACCUUUGCCUACUCACACGAUGGCAUUGCCGAUGAUGCGGUCCAUGUCUCUUAUUGGCUUCCUGCCCCGGACAAAUUCGAGAACCGCUAUGUAUCCACCGGUGGUGGUGGUCUCGCCAUCAAUUCGGGAGGCCAAUAUGCUCCCUCUGGACUGAUUGUCGGUGCCGUUUCUGGUAUUACCGAUGGAGGAUUUGGAUCCUUCACCACUCAAUGGGACGAAGUAUUCCUUCUAGCCAACGGUACUAUCAACUGGCAGAGUGUGUACAUGUUUGGCUACCAGGCCCACCACGAACUUGCGCUACUUGGAAAGGAUUUAGCCCGAAGCCUGUACAACGUCUCGGAUAGUUCAAAGGUCUACUCAUACUAUCAGGGUUGUUCCGAAGGCGGUCGUGAGGGCUGGAGCCAAGUGCAGCGAUUUGCCUCUCAAUUUGAUGGCGCGGCCAUUGGUGCCCCAGCCUUCCGCUACGGUCAACAGCAGGUCAACCACUUGUUUGGCAACGUCAUUGAACAGACUCUGGACUAUUUCCCACCUUCUUGUGAGCUGGACAAAAUCUUGAACUUGACUAUUUCUGCUUGCGAUGGCCUGGACGGAAGGGAGGAUGGUAUUGUUUCACGCUCAGAUCUUUGCAAGUUGAACUUCAACCUCAACAGCACAAUUGGAACACCCUAUUCCUGUGAAGCUUCAAGUUCCAGUGGUGGACCAGGCGGACUACGCGUUCGUCAGUUCUCUCGACCAUCUACACCUGCUCAGAAUGGAACCAUCACCGCAGAGGGUGUCGCCGUUGUCCAAACCUUCUUUGAUGGCCUUCACGACUCCGAGGGACGACGCGUUUACCUCAACUAUCAACCGGGAUCUGGGUUUACUGAUCUUGCCACUGCCUAUGACGAAGAAAGCGAGAGCUGGAAGUUGAGUAUCAGCGGUCUCGGCGGCGAGUGGGUUGAACGCUACCUCUUACUCCAGAACGCGAGCACCAUUCCCAGUCUUGACAAUGUAACAUACGACACACUCAAGGAGUGGAUGGUGUAUGGUCAGAACAAAUAUGCAGACUCUCUUCAGACAUCGCAUCCCGAUCUCAGCGACUUCAAAGAUGCAGGCGGCAAGGUAAUUCACGUCCACGGCGAAUCAGACGACUCCAUCCCAGCUGGUUCGUCAGUGCAUUAUUACGAUUCUGUUCGCAACGUCAUGUUCCCCGACAAGAGCUACAAUGAGAGCGUGGCUGCUCUCGAUGACUUUUACAGACUGUUCCUCGUCCCUGGUGGAGCUCACUGUGGAAGUAACUCUAACCAGCCUGGUGGUGGUUGGCCACAAACUACGCUGCAGACUGUCAUUGAAUGGGUUGAGAAGGGUGUUGCUCCCAAGACCCUCAAGGGCACUGACGACAUUGACACUAUCUGCCGCUGGCCUCUUCGUCCCCUCUGGUCAGGCAAGAAUGCUUCGCAAAGCUGCGUGUACGAUCAAGAGUCACUUGAUACCUGGACGUAUGACUUUGAUGCUUACAAGCUUCCCCUGUACUAG